AUGAAUUAUAAUGAAUUGUGCUACGCAGGGGGAAAGUUUGAAUACCAUAGUCUUUUAGAAUAUCUGGAUGAAGAGAUUGAAUUGAUUGCCAAAGAAUUUCAAACAUCUUUGAAAUAUUCAGAACCACUUUAUCGUAAAGUUACAAAAUUGAUACUUAUAUUAUGUCCAGAAGAGAAGAUGAGAAUGAUAUUUGACAAGAGUUGUUAUACAAGAUUACAGUUAGAAGGACUUAUGAACAAGGAGAUGUUAAAAUACGUGGAGUUAGAUUUUAAUGUGAAUCCUAAAGUUGUUGCCAAAGCAUUAGUGAAGUCUACCGCUGAUCAUCCAAAUGUUUUUUGUUAUAAAGUUUUCCUCCUUUUGGCCAACAAGGGCAUUUUAGCUUAUCUUGCAAACUUUGAUGGUGACUAUUUGAAAGGAUUCAUUGACUUUAGAUGGUGCCUGCAGUUUAUCUACUAUAUUAAGCGACUGGAUCCACUAGAAGGUGAAAUUAAGAAUUUUUUGGAGGAUUGUGAGAGGAUGUUUGCCAUACUAUGUGCUAAAUGUCUAAUGAAGGAAAUUGAAGAAAAAGGUGAUAAACAGAUUACAUCUCAAUUAGAAAUUUUGAGAUUGGAUGAAGGUAGUAUUUUACAGAGUUUGUUGUUUACGGUGAUAGACUGUACGGAUCCUUCCAUGAUGACUACUGGUAAUUAUUUAGAUCGAUACAUUUUGAGUAUGUUCUUUGAAUCACUAGGUGAAAUUGAAAGAUUCAUAGCAAUUUUCAAAGGUAGUUUGGCAGAAUAUGAAUGUAUGCCCAAUGUUAAUGACCUGGCACUUAGAGUUCAAAGGGAGCAUUUGAACGAUACGAUAAGGCGGUACAUUUUAUCGAUGACCACCAAAUUAAAUGGUGAUCCAGCCAUUAUUCGCUGUAUACAUAAAAUUCUGGAAUGUUUGGUCUUAUAUGGUGGAGUUCACAUGGGAAUAAUACAAUUUUUCUAUUCACUGAAGAAAUACUAUCUGGGGGUUUUAUCAGCGGCUUCCGAACUUCCAUUUGAUAGUAAAUUGACUAAAGAAUGUGUCACUCUACUGGACAAGAUUUGCCAAGAGUGGGAUAAUGUGAAAACUAAAAGCAAUUCAAGAUUGAUUCAAUCGCCGCAGAUCUUACUGAAAUCCAUGUUUGGUGAAUUUGUUAUAGUAGAUGAGGUCUUUGAUGAAAAUCGACCACUAGAACAUCAUCAUGAUUUAUCGAUUAUGUUAAGCUCAAUGAAAUUAAAAGUUAAGCAUAAAUGGCUUGGUGAAGCUCAUACUUUUAAAGAAUAUUCAAAUUCCAUGUGGAAAAUUGGAAUGGAAUGGGUAGUCUUUUGGAAAGACUGUUACAUAGAUAAUCAUGAAGAAUUACCUUUGGAAAUGAUUCAAAUAUUUAAUGGCAUUUAA